AGAGAGAGUGGUGUGGGUUCUAGUCCCGUGGUGGACAUUGGCGUUAUAUUUUAGGAGUAGAGUUACCGGGUGUGUGAGUUUACCGUUCUAAAAAAAAUCUAAACACACACCCGUGGUCGUUGGUGCUAUAAUUAGGAGUAGAGUUACUGGGUUUGUGAGUUUGCCGUUCAAAAAAAAAUUAAACACACACCCGUGGUCGUUGGCUUCUUCUUUGUUGAUGAAACACACACACACAUGACUCCAAACGCGGUGUACCUAGACAUGACUUGAUCUUCAAAAAUUACCCCUAAAUGAAUUGAAAGAUAAAAGUGCUAAUAAGAAUUAUCUAGUCCUAUUAGUUUUGCAAGGUUAGGACUUAGGAAUCAUGUGAUCACAAUUUUUGUAUUGUGAUUUAGGGUUUAUUUGCUUAUGGUUUGUGAUUUUGAUAAUCCAUUUAUGAGUGUUUUAUAGUUUGGGAUUUUGGGUUUUGCAAUUGGUGUUUAAUCUACACUUUUAUGGUUCCGUAUUGCGUUUAGGGCAAAGGGUUUGCAAGACCACAAAAAGUUAUAUGUAUGCUAACAUUGUGAACUUAGUUAGUCAAAGGUGCAAUCACCUCGAACGCCAGGCACCAAAAAAGGUGCACGCUCGAGACUAGAACUAUAAUAAAACUGAUGCUACUCCAGUGCUCCACAACUAUAAUAAAAAUACCUAAUAUUACGUACUAGUUCAUACAAAAUUACAAUAGAAUAACACACUUCAAAGCCAAUCAAGAGAAAAGAAGGAAGCCCAAACAAGUACAAACUAUAAAGAAAGUCCAAAAAGAAUAACAAGACACCACCUAUUUAGGAGAAAAUAGAAAGAAGUGAAUCUUCAUCUGCGUAAAGUGCCUUUGUCGUGCCUAGGAGAUCGCCUUGCGUAUGCUCGAGGUGUGAACGCCUCAUCUGCGCCCCUAGAGCGCUUUUGUCUACAUAUAUGUCAAGAUAUGAAAGAAUUGCAUUUCUACCAUAGUACCAUUAUGGCAUUACCAUUAACUGAGUUAAAAAACACCAUUAAAUUAGUGAGUUAAUAACUUAAAACAUUAUUAUAGAUCAUCAAUGAUAGUGGCCACCUGAGUAACGUGUCAUUAGCCAUUGAAGAGGAGUCAAGCGGGUCAGCAACAAGUGGAUCUAGUUCGCAUAUGUGGGUCACGCGGGUCACGCGGGUCACUUUGGUCAACCGUAAAAGUGGCUAAGGAUGGCCCAUGCAUUGCAUGCUCAACUCCCACGUCCCCAUACUUGUUUUUCCAUUAGUUUGAAUUAGUUUAAGUGGUGUGACUAAAUCUUGAACUAUCCGUUGUUUAUUCGUUGCGUUUGAAAUUUCAAUUUGUUGUUAUCGUACUUGACUUCCAUUGCUAUCAAUCAACUAUCUGGCACUUGAUUUUCGUAAAAUCUAAACUACAUUGCACAUUGGGAUAAAAGAACACCAUUAAUAUGUUUGUCGAUUUUUGACAAGUAAGCUCAUUUUGUUGCCCUUCAUUUAAAAUGAUCAUUAAUCAGUUUUACCCUUUCUAAAGUAAAUACAGAUAAAUGAUCGUUUUAUCAAUUUUACCCUUGGUUUAAAAAGCUUUAAGCGCACAAAAGCGACAAGGUCUAAAAUCAAAGCGCAAAUCGCAAAAGCGGAGGGCUUUUCGUACACGAGGCGCCAUGUGCUUAUAUAUUUUCUUAUAUAUAUCCUAUAGGCUUUUAGCUUUCCUUACCCAAAACAUAGUUAUAAAUAAGGUUUAUAUAUGAUUUAAUGUAUAAAUCACUUAAAUGUACAACCAUAUUAGCAACAUGUAUAACACUUUAAAGCACAAAAACACCUUCCGUACAAAAAGUGUGUGCCUUAGUGGGAUUUUUUUCCAAAAAAACUCGCUUUUUGUGCGCUUCUUGUUUAGAGCUCGCCUUAUGUCGCGCAGCUCUUUGCGCCUAGGGUUGCUUUGCCAUUAAGCGCGCUUAAGGCGCGCUUUUUUAAACCAAUAUUUUACUCUUUCAAAGUAUGCCCACCAUCCAAAACAGUAGGUGUUUUCUAUAUGUUUCGGACUUUUGGGUAUGGAAACAACAGAGCAAGGUCAUACAUUAAACAGUUUAAAAUGUUGUUAGUCAUUUUAAGGUAAAAUAAAUUGUUUUCAUGUAAUCAAAACAAAGUUGUUUUUGACCUUUUUUUUGUUUUAUGAGUUUUGGUUACAUCUCAAUUGGGAAAAAGAUUGUUGGUCGGAGCAAAUCCCAAUUUGCGUGGUGUCAAGACGUUUACUUUGGCACGUUCAUGUUGCCAUGUUGCAGACACGUAUGAAUUUGAUUUUUUUCAAACCAUUUUAUUGAAUUGGCAAACGCCUUCCCAUACGGGGGACACACGUACGUGUGGGAGUAAAAUGCAAGGAAGGCUCUUGUCAAACUUCUUCCAUGUUUGUUCACAAUCUAUGAUUGACAUACUUAACCCAUUUUCUCAUUUCAAUUCCAUUCAAACACACUUUUGGCAUCGAUAUCUCAUUCACCUUAGUUUUAACUUGGACCACAUCUUAGCGUGUUAUGUACCAGGGACGUGUUCAAUACACAACCACCUUUAAGUAGAGAUCUGAAUAAACACUUGUACAUAAUGUACAAAAGAAAACCACAUGUAAUGGGAGAGAGAAAGAGAGGCGGUUACAUAACCGUCUUAUGUAUCACAUUUAAAGUAAUGGGUGUACGCCACCACUAGGCGUCCCCCACCGAUCAGUCCCACAACCAACAUGAGGGAGGUAAAUCACGUGUCCCAGAGCAAACUGGGUGGUGUUGGGGUUUGAACCCCAAACCUCCACGAUACGUUCCCACUUCCUUACCACUAGAGCACUAUCGUGGGGGACAAGUGUUUAUAUGGUUUGCGCAGUUUUCUACUUAAAAUUGGUUCCAUAUUUAACAUCUAUCUAUAUACAUAGAUUAAAUAAAUACAUAUGGUUUUAUAUGUUAUGUUUUAUGAUAUAUUUUUUUUCAUGUGUUUCUUUUUUUCUUUUGUCAUCAUUUCUUUUGUUAUUUGUAGCUUUCUAUUUCUAUAUGCCAGUUCGGUUUGUCUGCGUGCUCUUUGUUUUGAGCCGGGGCCUGGGGUGUCUCUGGAAGCAGCCUCUCUAUCCGCAUGGGUAGAGGUAAGGUUCACCCUCCCCAUACCCUUCAAUAGCUUUGCUAUUUGUGGGAUAUACUGGGUACGGUUGUUGUAUAGGCAUAGUAGAUGUUAGGGGCUGUUUGUUUACCUCUUAAUGAGGCUCUUAAUGGUUCAGACCUCUUACUCUUACUGGUUCAGAACUCAAUGGUUCAGACUGUUUGUUUCACGAGCAGAUGUCUGAAUGGUUCAGACAUUUGCCUCUGAAUGGUUAAGAUUUAUAUAGAGUCUGAAUGGUUAAGACCUCUAAUCUGAAUUGGUCAAACAUUUGCCUCUGAACGGUUAAACAUUAUAUAGGCUCUUAAUGGUUUAGACCUCGUUCAGCACUUAAUGGUUCAGACCUCUUACUGAUUCAGCACUUAACCAUUCAGAUGUUGCCAAACAGCCCCUUAGUCAAUAAUCUCGUCUAAUGCUUAAAUGUUUAUCCAACAAUUUUCUAUAAAUACAGUAGUGUAUCUAACUCAAUUCAUUGCACCGCUAACAAAGCCCUUUUAUCCGGGCAUCGUUUAAAUGCUCGUUGAACAAAGUUUCUAUACUUAUCUAUAAGAUAUCUACUAAUUCAUUGCACCGCUACCAUAACCUUUUAUUCGGGUUUUGUUUAAAUCUUUUUCGAACAAACUCAUUAAACCUUUACCAAGACCUUUCACUUAUAAAAGGUCAAACAUUUUACCUUCUAUAUCUGUAAAAAAAAGAUUUGUCUCUCUCUCUCUCUCUCUCUCUCUCUCUAGAAAACAAAAAUGAGUGACUACAUCCCUGAGGAAUUGGUCUUCGACAUCCUUUCAAGACUACCAUCAAAAUCGCUUCUUCGUUUUCGGUCAGUCUGUAAAUCUUGGUGUUCUUUAAUUUCCUCUAGUAACUUCAAAAGCGCGCAUCUUAAAACUUUCAACCUUUCAAACCCGCGCAAUUUUAUUCGUCACUUUGAUUUGAUGGUGGACAAGGAAUAUUGUAGCGUGCAUUUUGAUGAUGAAGCGUUAACCAUGGUUCCCGAUACUCUCAUUGAAUUUCCGUUCCGUUUUUGUAACUACUGCACCCUAUCCUUUUUAAGGAUGAUCGGGUGUGUCAACGGUGUUGUAUGUCUCUUUCAUGGUAAUUGUGACACUUUUGAAGAUAAAAUCAUUCUAUGGAACCCUUCAAUCAAAAAACAGUUGAUUGUAACUCCCGCUAUGUUUAACUUGGGCCAUGCGCAAUAUUGGUGUCUUAUUUAUGGGUUCGGGUAUGAUGAGACGACUGACGAUUUUAAGGUUCUUAGACUGGCUUAUGACUUUCGCUUAUUCUCUACACCUCGGGUUGAAGUUUACAGUGUCAAAAAUGGCGUUUCAAGAGCGUGGUUUCCUAAUGAUUUGCCUUGCAACUACUCCACAUGCCUGGACGCAUGGUCACAAGUGUUUUACAAUGGAUGCGUGCAUUGGAUUAUCUGCGAUUACGCAAUCGGGGGGUCAACUGCUUCAAUCCUGACAUUUGACAUGAGUACCGAGCGUUUUGGCUCAAUUGCGUUGCCAAAAUAUUUAGUUAAAAAGCCCGCGUUCUAUUUAAAGUUGACUGUAGUCCGAGGAUGUUUGACCGUUAUAUAUACUAAGCGUCCUAGGUUUUCGUUUCCAGGUCCAAGUGGCUAUAUCAUAAGUGCUAUGAUGGAGUAUAAGAACACGGACUCAUGGGCGUUGAUAUAUGAUGUUCAGUUUCCUUAUGAUAUGGGGCGCGUUUUGCGGUUGAGAGAGAAUGGAGGGAUACUUAUGGGAGCUGGAUAUGGAGAAUUGAAGUUCUUUGACUUCCAUGCUGGCUAUUUUCUUGAUUCGUACUCGCGCUUUGUUGUUGAAGAUGCGAUUUAUAUUGGUGGAUACCAAGAGAGUCUAGCUUUGUUGGAUGAAGGGCGUCCAGAGAGGGAUGCGGAACAAGAUGAAUGAUGUGACAACUAUAUGUCUCUCUCUCUCUCUCUCUCUCUAUAUAUAUAUAUAUAUAUAUUAAUAUAUGUAUGUGUGUGUGUCUCUAUAUAUAUAUAUAUGUGUGUGUGUGUGUGUGUGUGUGUGUAGUAUGAAGAGAGUAUGUGUUGUUUUUUUUUGUUUCAUGUGUGUUUAUGAAUAUAUCAACUAUGUUUAUGUGGUUUCCUUGUAGUGUGUUGUCAAUAUGUGAUUUCAGAUUAUUGGAACAAAUUAAACAAUAGGAAUAACAUCUUUAACA